AUGGGGGCGGAGGCAAAAGACAUCGGCGUGUACCCAGUCGUCCAACUAGGCGAGUGGGGAUACGCCGUGAGCGAAAGGCGGAGGCAAGGGCAAGGGCAAGGGCAAGGGCAAGGGCGCGUCGAGGAGGAUCACUGCUACCCGGGCUUGAUGUGUAAGGUAAACCGGGGGGGACCCUGUAGCGAGUACGAGAAGAAGAACCGAAAGUGUCUCCACACGUUGGUGGUCGCCCUUGCGCUUUGGCAAGAGGAGGGUAUGCGAGAUGAAGGGUUGGGUGUCGGGCAGGUAGACGUGGAUGGAGGUAGAAUUCCAGACGGAACGCCGCGCACGGCGCAAAAAAUGCUCGACAAGGAUGCACCGGCGUAUCGCAAGGGCUUGGCAAACUGCCUGAACACCAUGUCGGUCUACAAGUUCCCGGAGAACCUCCCUUUCGGCCUGGGACGUCGUGGUGCCACCACCAACGCAAACACCAGCAUCACUUACACGACAUCUCAGAAGACGUGUUCAGGGUGUGGUCGUGACUUCCCUACGGGAAAUCAGUAUAUCGUGGUUGCAACUCGAUUGACAGAGGGGCCAGGCAUGUCGAAAGUGAACGUGCACACAAACGAGUGUGAGACGUGCGGUAUCCACGGAUUGGCCAGUGACAACUGGCGAGAGACUGGUUUGUUCAACUACAACAACAGCUACCUGGUGGAGCUGUCUAUCCUGUACAGAUGCCUGGAGGCGUUCACCAGGGGUACGACUAUAAGUGCCUUCUUCGAGACGUUUUUAGAACCUUUGGCGAGUGACCUGGUCUGGAUCAAGGCGAACCCUGAUCUCAGCACAAGGCUCGCAAACUGCACCAACUUGCUCAACGUGCUCAACAUUUUCUUGGCGUUCCUGGCCCUCAUCUACCAUACUUUCGAGUUUCGGUGCUGGAUGUGGGGGAAGUUUCCGCCGAUCCUCACUUUCGACGCUUGCAUGAAGAUCGCCUGCAACUUCGUGACUCUGGGGCAGGUGAUCGCGUCGAGACCCGAGCAAGACAUCAACACUGUCCUCAUCAUGAAUCUUCUGCAGUUGAGCAUGGUAUCGCCGGCCUGGUUCGGCGGCACGAGGGUACAGUUUGUGGUCGGGGCCGGGGAGACGGUUGGAAACGCGCCAGCGUGGGUGUCGCCAGACAUCCUACUGUCGGAGAUCUUCCACAAGACACAGCGUGGGGUGUUGCAGGGAAGCAACAACACCGCCUUCGUUGAGCAAGGCAAUGGCGCUCUCCUUAUGGAGAGGCUGGAGGGGAAGGCGAUCGGUGACCUGUCCGGCAUGGACGUUGGGACCCUGAAAGGCCAUAUGAAGGCCUGCUGGCCCGAUGGAGGCGUUUCAACGUUCUUGACCAAGGAGCCGAUGGUGUCGAUCCUGCAGCAGCUGCACUCGUUUUGGGAAUCAGAUGGCAACCCCAACCGCGGGUCUUGCUCGAAGCAUUUCGUGAGCCGAGAACGUGGCGUUUCAGAAGGGGUGAUGGGCGUCGUCACGCCGAGUAAGGUCAUGGUUUUCCACAAGGUGCUGCUUACUCCGGAGAGCGCGGUGGACAUGAGCGAUUGCGUAGGGGCUUGCCAGGAUUUCCGCGGCUGUUACAUGACUGGACCAAAGGAUCUCGUGUUGGAGAGCGUAACUGCAUGA